UCUAAGAAUAAGACAACCUUCCGUUUGAGAACUAUGGUUUUAUUAUUUCCUUGUUUCUAGGAAUUAAUUGCGACACGUUUUUUUUUAUUAGUUUUAUGUAUUAUGUCUCAUUGUAACUGUCUUAGCCUCUUAGGAGAAGAAGCUUGCAUCCAGAGAGUGCGGUUACUACAUGUCUCCCUAGUCUCGCAUUGUCAAGGAGACAUAAACAUCCAGCUAUAUGCAAAAGCGUAUUGAAGUAACUAAGGGCCUAUUCUCCUCACCUUUAUUUUUUCUCAAGUUUUAGAACUUUUCCUUUUUUUUUUUCUCAACUUUUCUAAUUUGUUUUUAAUCUUUUUAUAUAUUUUUGGGAACUUCUUGUAACUCUUCUUAUUUUUUCUGAACUUUUUGGUUUCUGUUUUUUUGUUACUUCAGACAGCUGCAAAAGUCUGAAGUAAUGCAGCUGAGGAGUAUUCCCAACUUUCUUCAGUCAAAGAGAGAUUUGAAAAGAUGGAAGAGAUUAUACUUGGAUGGUUAUCGUGAUGCUUAUAUGUCAUUGAGCAUUGCAUCUAUUUUCUCUCCGUAUGUGAGAUUAGAGCUUCUAAAGUGGGACCCUCUAUGCGAAGAUGUUGACUUUUAUGGCAUGAGAUGGUAUGUAAGUACCUACUUUUUGCUGGAUGAUUGCUGUAUCAACGAUGAUCUUGUUCCUGGAUUAGUGGAAAAGGUUGCACUUCCUGUAUUGCAUCAUGGCAUAGCGCAUUGUUGGGAUAUGCUUAGUAGCAGAGAGUCAAAGAAUGCAGUAUCAGCGACAACCUUAAUCAUUAAUUAUGUUCCGGCCUCAAGUGAAGCUCUCAAGGAACUGAUAGCUUCAAUUCGUACUCGGCUAGCUGAAGCAGUUGUUAAUCUUGUGGUCCUUGUGUGGAGUCCAGUUGUUAUGAAGGCAAUACCAAAUGCUGCAAGAGUUGCAGCAUAUUGAUUUGGUCUGGCAGUUCGACUGAUGAGGAACAUCUGCAUGUGGAAAUAUAUACUUGCUUUGCCAGUUUUGGAGAAGCUUGUUCUUGAUGAAAUUUUGGCUGGAAAAGUACUUCCUCAUGUUGAGAACCUUAUUCCUGAUAUUCAUGAUGCAAUAACAAGAACUGAGAGGAUAAUUGCUUCAGUAAAUGGGGUGUGGUCUGGCGCAAGUGUCACAACUGCAUGCAGGUAA